AUGGCGGAAAGUUCGGAACCUAACUUGUUCCAGCAACUUACAACGAAAAUAGAAAAGGUUAUAAAUGACCAUCCAGUUACCGCCUAUGAAGCUAUCGAAUCCAAAGUAUAUGCUCCACAUCGAUUUCUCGAUAAAUUUGCAAAGAAAGAAUUAAUUUUGAUGCACCGUUUCAGUGCAAAUCGUAUUAUCGGUGCUCUGAAGCUUAUAUUUAAUACUACCGAUGGCAUUUUGAAAAAGAAAACAAGCGGACUUCCGUUCCCUGUUAUAAAUCGACUUUGUAUUUAUUAUACUCUUGCUGCUUCAUGCAUUAACAGUCGUCCAAUUUCUCCUGGUGAAGAAGUUGCAGAUGAAAUGCUCGGACGUCAAAUUAUUUCCCAAUCAACAAUAAUUUUCGGUAAUGACUUUGAUAUUUAUACAACAUUCGUUCAAAAAACGUUUAAGUCAUUUUUAUCUGCGAUCGGCUCUCACAGUUCUUUGAUUUAUACCUACUUUUUAAACGCAUAUCAAUCUGAUAUCGUCGCAGGUGCAUCGCUUAAGGUAAUACAGAUCAGCCUUAAACCAUGGAAGUAUAUGCCUGCUUCCAUUGAUCACGUUAUCAACUUCUUAAAGCCUAUUGCUUCCAACGUUAACCUUAUUACCGAUAAAUACAGAGAACCAUUCUGCCAGAUGAUGGCAUCGACAUUACUUGCUGCCUUCCAGCGCGAUCCAGUCGCAUUUUCCGAUUUCCUUACACUCAGAAGUGAUAUUAUGUUGGCGGCUUCAAUUCAAGGCCAGAUUUCCUCAUGGAAUACCUCAAAUAAUCCCUUUGCAUGGCCAGCAAUUGCAGCUCUUUCCAUUCUUCUUCCAAACUCUCAACUUUCUUCCGGAGAAACAAUUCCUCGCUUAGAUUUCAUCCAAAGAUACAAAGAUUUCUAUGCCCAGAAAGAAUCAAAAUUAUCCAACGCUACAAUACAGUCUAUUUUAGUCUAUUUCCAUGCAUUUGCAGUUUCAUCAGCUCAUAAAAUCAUUUUACGCUUCUUACAUCUCCAAUUCCCCAACUUCGUGAAGAAUAACUUCACAAGUUUACCGGAUCAACCCGGAGAUUUCGCUAAAGUUCAGAAGAUUUUCUUCCCAAUCGCAAUUCUCUUCAAUAACCCACAGUUCUUCACAAAAGAUGUCAUCCAAUAUAUCACACAGCAUGAUAACAACCAUUCUCUUACAAUGGCUCUCAUAAUUAAGAGGUUUUGUAAGACGGCCAAUCCAUUCCCUGAUUUCUCGAAAGGUUUCAUACAAAGCCUUAUCCCGCAGACCUUGGAGAUUAUCAGAAAACCAAUCCCCGAUCCGAAAUCCACUUCAUUACUCCCACAUAUCAUCACAGGCUUCCAAGCUUAUCCUUUCUUCAUGAGAACCGCCAUUUUCUCGGAUCCUGACAUCUGUGAGAUAUUAUUCUCUUACGUGGCCAAGUAUCCAGAGGUCAACCAACAAUUUUCUUACGUCGCAUUUUUCAAUACAGAAUUUACACAGGAAUCAGUACUCGACGAGGUUACACUCCUCAUCUACAAGAGAUUCAUUUCGUUCUUACUCAAACGCUAUACUACAUUGGGCAUGUAUAAACCUGCUUAUUUCGAUAUGCACAUACCAGAAAUCAUCCACGCUAUAUCCGAAUCGUUACUUCAAAUCUUCCAACAGGAAGCGAAUAUUACAGAACAGCUUGCUAAGCUUCUUUUGCCUCUUUUGCAAGAAUUGGAAACAUUUGCUUUAAUGUUCUUCGCUUCUUCAAAGAGGAACAUCAUUUCGAUCGGUAUUAGCAUGAUGUAUACACUCGUCGAAAUCGUACACGUCGCUCCCGAUUUACUUUCCUCGAAAAUGCCAGUUGAUGAUUAUCAACGUUUGGUUUCGGACGCUCGUGAUAAGAAGGAUCCAAAGAAGAUACCAAUCGGUGUCUGCAACAUCCUCAAGACCGUUCCAAACCCAACUCCUGGUAUUAAUUUGGUGUAUAACGCACUUUUCAGCUAUUUCAUGGCAAUUUGCAAGAAACUCGAUGCGAAUAUUACAUUAGUACAGCCUCCUGAACUCGAAUUAGAUACUACAGGCUUUGAUUUGGACGCAGAAUUCAUUUCUGUAAUUUCGAUGAUCUUUUCUAUCGUUUUUGACCAAACAAUUCACUUGUUCAACCAAAUGAAGGUAUUUCUACAGAACGAUAGCGAUAUCGGACAAAUUGCAACGUCUGCAAUUCCGACAUGCCUGGCUCCACGUCACUACAACCCUCUGAUGACCAUCCUUUUGGGAUAUUUCAGACAAUUCUCAAAUAACGAUGGUACUUUCAACAUGAAUCAGAAAAAUAUUAUUUUCUUGAACAAUAUUCUUAACCUUAUUCGUGGUGUUUGCUCACAGAUCAUCUACUGGACACCGGAAAUGAUCAACCAGGGUAUCUUUGGCCAGCUAGGAAAGAAGAUUGUCUCAUUAUGCGAUGUUACUCAGGGAGAAUCCACAAAAUUGAUCUGUUUGAGGACAUUACUCGCCAUGGUCAGGCUCGCUAACGAGAAAGGAAAGCCUUUCGAACCAAAGAUGGGCCAUUCUAUUUCAAAGACCAUUUUAACAUGGCUUCCGCAAUCUAACGAAGGUACCAGAGACUUCAUCAACUUAAUUCAUGAAGCUUUGGCCCUUAUCCUCGAUGAACUUUCCCUUAUUGAGUGCGUUGAUAUCGCAGAUCCGAAAGGUGCUGCCCAAGAGGCAGAAAAGCAGUUCUUGUUCUAUUUCGCAAGUAUCAAGAACCGUUUGGAGAAAGAACCAAAUUCUGCCAAACAAAUUAUUCCAGUUCUCGCUGCCCUUCUCAAGCAGAACCUUUCCAUCGCUAUCGGACACUGUCUCUCUAUGGGUUUUGAUAACACCGAUUCAGUUAGAACUGCAUUUCUUGCAUCAGUUGCUGCAGUUUUCAAAGUUCCAGAGAUAAGAGUCGUCGGAACAGCAGAAGCAGUCACAGAAGAAGUCACUCUCGUAGAUAUUCUCUUCUCUGGUUCGUUGAAAUUAAUCGAAAUUAUCGGAAAUAACAUCGAAUACUCCAGAGCCGAGCAUUUCGCUAAGGCCGCCCUCGAAGCCGCCCUUCUCUCAGGCCGCGCGUACGAAUACUUUGCCCGAAUGGUCGAUGUCGAAUUACAACCUAUCGAUGAUUCGAACAAGAACACCAUUUUCAGAGGCAACCAAGUACCAGCGAGAGCCGUAGGUCACUGGCCGAGGUUCGUUGCCAUGGAUUGGCUGAAACAAACCUUGCGACCAAUUUUCGAUGAAGUGAUUGCAUCGUGCGAAAACAAUGUUGGCUUCAUUGUGAACCCGGCAAAGCUCCCUGAAGGCCAGACGAUAGAGGUCAACACCGAGAAUUUCAGACAAUUACUUCAGAAAACGGUCCAAGCCAUUUUGGAUGGCCAGACAACCAUGCCAGACUCAUUAACCUACGCCUCACAGAUCAUCUUCGAAAAGGUGUUUGAAAAAGUCGGAGAAUUUGCUUAUUCAAUCUUAUCUUCCUUCCUCUUCCUUCGUUUCAUCAUCCCAUCCUUCUCCAAUGUCUCAAUGGUUGGAAUUACCUCACCAGUUGGCGAUCAACCAAGAGAUGUUCUCAUGCAAACUUCAAAUGUCAUCAUGUCUUCAAUUCUCAAGGGCAGACUUGAUGACAAAUACACUUAUCUUGCUCCUUACAACGAUCUCGCCAAGUGGACACAAGAUUCCAUCAAUCAAAUGUUCCGAGGUCUCGUUCAGAAGCAAGUUUCCCACGAACCACCACCAAUUACCAUCGAUGCAGCCCAAACAAUCGCUAAUAUCCACUCCGAAGUUUAUCCAAUUCUCAAAAACUUAACUCCAUUAAUCGAAUCUCUCGAUCCAGCGAGCGACGACCACGCGAACGCAAAGAGAUUCAUCACAAAGAUCAGAGCCAUGGGCCAGCCAUCGAAUGCUGCUAAGAAGAUGUUCAAAUCAGAUGAAGCCGGCGCAUCUGGCUACGAAGAGCUCAUGAACAUGACAUUUCCACCCGACCAAGUCCAGCAACUUGAAGAAGCCAUUUACAAGGACGAGAAAACAGCUCCAGAUGGAAAUGGCGUCAUUUACAUUCAUUUCAACAAACUUUCGUCAGUUAGAGAUCCAAGAAUUGUUGCGCAGUUACUGUUCAAAGCACUGAGAAAAGACGAAUCACAACAGUGUUAUGUAUGUUUGUGUUUGACAGGAUUCGAUCCAAGUCGUAUUCCUAAUCAGACAAUGUUGCAGACAUACGCAAUAAUGCCUCCUUCGACACAGAACAUCAAACAGUACUUGAUUAUUGAACCUCCAAACGAAUUUGCUGUUUUCGUCAAAGAGAAUCAGCAGUUAUUCACAAAACCACAGAGAUUUGAAGUGAUUGAUUCCGUUGCAAAACUCACUAGAAUAUUAGGAAACACACCGACAUCUAUUCCUCCUUCAACUUACGAGUCAUUCUCUGAAGCACAGGCUGUUUAUUCCGUAGUGUUAAAUGGAGAUCCAACAAAAAUAAGACUCCACGAACACUCUCUCCAAAUCAUCGGAGACAAUGUAGAAAUUGCAGGACAUCCAUUCACGCCCGUAAGAGUUAUAAUGGCCGACCAAAUUAAAGACUUUGAAAAAUCUUUGGGAAGCAAACAGCACAUGGAUGAGUUCAAUCUUACCAUUACUAUGAAGAGUGGUAUUGUCUAUUCCAUGAGAGUUCCUGUCAGUUCUCCAAUGUAUGAUGCUGCUUACCAAUUAACACUUAGAUCGAGAACAAUCAACAAUGCAAUUCAAAGUGUUAAUGUAAACUCAUCUACAUUGCAAUGGAUGAUGCUUAACUUAGCAUUCAUCAAUAUCAUUGGUCCUGAAUCAUCUCUUUCUUUGAAGAAGGCUGCUCUUGAUUUGAUCUACGCUGUGUUCGUGUCUUUCCAGUUUUCUCACAAUGUUUCUGUUGACAAAAUUCAAUAUGACAUUUUGCCAAAUAAUCUGUCAAAAUAUGUCAGAGAGAUAUCAACAGAUUUGGCAUCAUGCAAUGCGGAGAAUGUCAAUGAUUUCAUGUCGGAGUUCUUCAACGCCGCGAAAUACGUGAAAUCAAAAGUUUUGCCAACAAUUUUCUAUUUCUUAGUUCCAUGGAUCAAAUGUUUCGCAAACCAGUCUGAUCCUCCGAAGAAUUUGAUUUCUGAGUUCAUCGAAAUGUACAACAACAUGAAGGGAUCAGACCAAGUCUGCUAUCCUGAGUAUGUCUGGCCAUCCCUUUGUCAAAACGAUUUUAUCAUCGAAACUCUCGUCGAUAUCAUCUUCGAAAGGAACGAAUCAACAUUUGUAGAGAUCCCUGCACAGUUGGCAGCAAUUAAACCUUCUUUCGUUUCUCAAUCUGUCUGCAGGAAAUUCACAGAAAUUCUUGACAACAACGAUAAAGAUCAUAUUGACUUUUUGAGAGGAGUUUUGACUUCGAUGAUUUCACUUCACAUGUUUGAUUUUGAGAGCACAGGAGCGGUUUUGAUAUACAACUGCACCAAGUCCAGGCUUAUCUUUGAUACAUCCAUUCUCCAGAAGAUGUCACCGAUAUUAAUGAACAUCAUCCACGAAUUAUUCCGUCAGUCAGGAAGCGGAAUUCAGUUUGAUUUUGAUUUCAUCAUCCAGUCAUUUGUCAACACAGAUGGCAGUGAAGAUUUCAAGACAUUGAAAGACACCUACAAGUGGACAUCGUCCGCUAGAUGUGUUGCAGAAAUCAUAUCCGCUGCUAUCAACAAUCUCCAGAACAGUUCAAUCAAAAGAAAGUUGUUUGACAUGUUUUCAAAUGAUAUCAAAAAACGUGACACUCCAUUACUUUGUGCACAAGGAAUUAUUUAUUCAGCAGCAUUUGCAGUUGAUCCAAGUUCCUAUGCAAAUGACUUAGUCCAGAAACUUCGUGAUUGCGAAGAAAUCUUAGUCACUCCAAUCAUUUUAGGAUUGAGUUUGAUCAACAUGACUAUUGAAUUAUCUGCCAAGUUGUAUUUCAUUGGCAUCGCAUUAGGUGCUCGAGACAACAACGCAGCAUGUGGAGAUUUAGUUGUUUCUGCUCUGAAACAAUAUUCAGAUCACCAAGGAACAACACAAGGAAUUACACAAUACAUCAACAGUUCUCUUGUUGAAUAUCUCGAGACAUGUACAGCACUUCCAUUGCAACAACAACCAAGUCUGUCUGCUGCAGCUAUCUUGGCAUGUUACGCUAAGUACGGCUUGACACAAGCAUUAGAGAAACUUGCAACAACUAAGUCAGAUGAACAGAUCAUUUCGGCAUUCAGAGUUAUCAAAGAACCAUCUAAAUCCGAAGAAAUCUCACGCCUUGAUUACGGUGCUAAUUUAGUCAAUCUCUCUGCAAUUCUUCUUGUUUUCUUGAAGGUCGGUGCUCCACAAGUUCUUAUCGAAUUUGCUAUUAACUUGUUCACGGAACAACCGAAUGGAUUAGGAUGUUUCGAUGCCAUCGGAAACAAGUUUGGCAAACAAAUCUUCGAAGUUGUCAAUGAUGCUCGAUUCACGGGUUUACUUCUUAGGAACUCAAGAAUCAAGAACGAAGAAUACCAGUUAACAUCGAUAUUGAACUCUCUGUUCUUCGAGAUGGAUAAUGUGAUUAUUUCCAAAGAACAAGCUGAUCAUUUAGUUUACAACGUAUUUAUCUAA